AUGGCGCGACGACCCCUCGUCCUCCUCGCCCUCCUCGCCAUGACCCUCGCAGUCGCCUCAGCGGUGCUGGGCGGCCACAGUGAGAGGCUCGGCGAGUGGGGACCUAUCCCAAACGUGAAGGAUGCGCACAUCCAGGAGCUGGGAGGGUGGGCGGUGCAGCAUGCGAGCCUGGCUAGGAACGGGCUGUGGUUUCGCCGGGUCAUGCAUGGCGAGCAGCAGGUGGUCUCCGGCAUGAACUACCGCCUCUUCAUCGACGCGGAGGAUGACUCCGGCAAGAACGCGCCGUACCUCGCCGAGGUCUACGAGCAGUCCUGGACCAAAACCCGCCAGCUCAAAUCCUUCAAGCCAGCUGCGAACUAA